GACGUCACCCGAUGGUGGAUAGCGAAGCGAGCGGUCUGUUGCUGUCGCGCCGCCAGUUGCCAGUUGCUCAGUUUCAGUUAUUCAGUUAUUUUUCGCUUUUUGUUAAGGCAACGCGACUGCAGGAACGCCAGCGGAAAGCCACGCGGCCGUCUCUCUCUCUCUUUCUCAUUCUCUCUCGUGUUAAUCAGUCCAACCUCCCACCACCCACCCCCUCUAGCGUGCUCUCCCGCUCGCACACCCAGAGAGCUGCCUUAGAGGAAGCGAGACCGACAAACCAACAACAGGCGAAAACCUUAUUAUUAUUGUAGUUCCCUCCCAUUGUUGUUGUUGUUAGACUUAAUUUUUUAACACUUUCACGAGUGCAAACCAAGAACAUUCCCAAAAAAACAAGAUACAGAUACAAAAAGAAACAGUUACAAACUGUCAGUAUAACUGUGACUUCGCGUUAUCUGGUUGAAAAUCGAGUGAGUGUGAGUGUGGAACGUCAAGAGCGGCGCCUCAAAAGCCACCAGAAAAAUUUUUAGGAAAACAAACCGAAAAGUUCCCCCCCUAACCGAAAAAAAGAGAAAAUAUUACGAAAUAUUCCAACAAAGUCGUACGAAGUUCAAAAAGCGAAACGGUGACGGGCGAUAAAACGUCAGCGGUACGAACGGUGGAGCGGUAGCGGUCUACCAGUGGUGCGCGGUGUCGAGUGGUGCGGGGCGUGGUCCCCUGUCUUUAAUCUAGAGAAUUCUCCAUCGAGCGGUUACCAUUUUUAGCGUUAAAAGACAGCUGGUAAAACGCAAACUGCAGGCAAAUACAAAAAAAAAAAACAAGAAAAGAAAGAGCACCCCAGCGCCCAGAAGAAAAGAAAAGAGAGUGCCACGAGGAGAGAGCCGACAAGCCACCCGCACAUGUAAAUUUUUGUUUGUGUUCGCAAUUAAGAGGCGAAAACAAUAACAAAAACCACAAUGAAAGUUAAAGUCGAACGCACAACAAAAAAAGCCGCCAUAACAAAGGCAACCGCACCGGAAGAUUCCAAGAUCCCGAGGCCCGGCGACCCCGAGGAGGAGGAGGAGGAGCCGGAGGCGGAGUCCGCCGGAGAGGAGCUGGACGAGCUGAAGGAAGCCCAGCAGUUGGCGGAGCAGUUGUCGGGACAAAUGGACUUUCUGACAACCGAUCUAACCACAACAACAAAGAUAGUCGCAACACCAACAACGGCAGCCGUUCGCAAUCUUAUCCUCGGCACCUUCGAUGGCAUUCAGUUGGCUCCAACGCUGACCACGCCCACGCUGACGCCCACAACAACGCGCAGCCUGCAGGAAGCCUUCUUCGAGCUGACCAACGACCCAGUGAGCACUCCAUACCAGGCCACCUUCAAGCCACCCCCACUGGGCCUCAUGCCCGGCGGCAACACUGGCAACGGAGUGGUCAACGCCCCGACCACCACAGCUACGGCCACCUUGGUGGGCGUGGUCAAUCCCAUGAUCAGCCAGAUUCCCUUUGAAGUGAACAGCGGGCUGCAGGGAACCGAUUCCGACAACUCCAACGGCUCCUGGGCUGAUGGGCAGAACAAUGAGGAUCAGGACACAACAGAUACUUCAAGUGCCCAUACGGACAGCACCUCGUACCAAAAUGGCAUGGUGGGCAGCAGCGUCAACGGUGGCGGUGCCAACAACUUUACCAACGUUUUGGCGGGGAUUGCCGGAAGGGGAUCCUCCCAGGCGAGCAACACGAAUACCUCAAACAGUGCCACGCCCGCGCGUCGCGGAGGCGGCAGACGUCCCAACCGGAACGCCAAUAUGACGCCCGAGGAGGAGCAGAAGCGUGCAAUACGCCGGGAGCGGAACAAGCAGGCGGCGGCCCGAUGCCGCAAGCGGCGCGUCGACCAGACCAAUGAGCUCACCUACGAGGUAGAGCAGCUGGAGAAGAAGGGCGAGGGCCUGAAGAAGGAAGUGGAGUCGCUGACGGAGGUCAAGAACCAGCUGGAGUUUUUCCUGCGCGCCCACCAUUCCUCCUGCCAAAAGAUCCGCACCGAUCUGCUGAGCGUGACCACCUGCAACGGCUUGAUUGCUCCGGUCGGCCUCCCAAGUGCCGGCAGCUGCGACAGCGGCGCAAGCAGCCAUCAUAACAACAACAGCAACGACAGCAGCAACGGCACCAUUACGGGAUUGGACGCCACUCUGAACUCCACCGGUCGGAGUAACUCGCCGCUGGAUCUCAAGCCCCAGAUUAAGGACGAGCCGCUGGACGGUGGCCUGGACUCGAGUUGCCUUUUGGAUCAGGACGGCCCUCCGCCCAGUAAGCGAUUCGCCUUGCCGCCCAUGUCCACGCUGAUGACGCCCACAGGCGUCUCGUCCGGAUCACUGCAAACGCCCAUUGUAAGCACGGCGCCCGUGGGCUUUGGUAGCGCCUAUCCCAUCACCACCCCGAAGGGCAGCAUGAACAGUCCCACGCUGAACGAACUGAACAAGCCCAAGGAGCGGCCCACCACGCUGCCCGUGCAACGACCCUUCGUCCCACAGAUGCACCUGAACCUGACCAGCAACCACAACAAGAUGCCCGGAUCGGGACCGACGCACAUCCAGGGCGUGCCCAUCCAGACGCCAACCACGGGCUUCAACUUUGAUUCCCUGAUGGACGGUGGCACCGGACUGACGCCGGUUUCGGGGCCGCUGGUGCCGUCGCAGAACAAGCAUCCCCUGGAGCUGCCCACGCCCACCGCCGAGCCGUCGAAGCUGGUCAGCUUAUAACCGGACAGGGGCCGGGACAGAUGCUGGGACCGGGCCGGGUGAAGUCCGGAGAGGAGUCGAGUCAGGAUUAAGUUAAGUUUUAUAUAAUUGAGAGUAGCGAUUAUAUUUAUACUUGCUAACAAAGCGAAAGAAAACCAACAAAACAUUUUUCUAGUUGUAGGAGAUGUUUUCAUUUUGUAAUUUUAAACCGUAACGAAUAUUUUGUUUUCGUUAACUUUAAUGUUUUUGUAUUAUUAUGAUUAUUAUGGUUAAUUUAUGAUUUUGCUAUGUCUUUUUACAUACGCCGAGCUACAUAUGUUAUGUACUUGUAAUUUGUGCAAUUUUCAAACCUUUUCAUUUGCGUGUUGUAUAUUUUUUCAAAAAAUAUAAAUGCGACGAUCGAAGCGACGAUGCAUAAUUAAUGCCAGGCACCCCCCAGGAUUCGAGCGCCAGCGCCCGGAUGCCGGGCGGGGUGUGGUGUGGUGUGAAUGAUAAGGGUAAUAUGAUGUGUAGAUUUGAAGGAUGCGUUGUGAUAUUUAUUAUAAAAACAAAAAAACAAAAAAACGAAUACAAAAGGAUAACCAUUUAAACGAAAGUAGAAAGCAAAACAGGAGCAGUAAACAAAGCGUGUAAUGAAAAGAACUAAGUCGGUUUUAAAAUUGUACAUUUAAACGGAAUGCGUAAAGAAGGUAUAUAUAUUAAAAUAUAUAUAGAUUCAAACUACAAACUAAAUACAAUGCCUUGAGAGAGAAUUAAGAAAUGCAACCACUUUAUAUAAAUAUAUAUAUAUAUGUAUGUUUAAAGCUAAACAAUAAUCGCGUUGAGCAAGGUUUUAUAUUGAGAAAAAAGCAAAGCAAAAGCAAAUGUGAAAAUGAUAUAAUAUACUUAUUGUAUUCUGUAAGCUGCAGUAGGAAACCCCAAAUAUAUUUUUACUAAACGCAACGAGUGCGCUAUUUUCAAAUACCAUUUAUAAGAAAUGACAAAAGCAAAGCAAUUAUUUAAUAUAACUAUGUAUUAUCUAAAAUAUGAUUAUUCAAAAUCAGGUCAAAUCAACUCUCGCAAGUUUCCAUAGUGAAUUCUAAAUAUAUUUCGAAACUGUUAAAAGAUCUAUCCAAUUGAAGCCAGGUCCACUGAGUCUAGUGGCCACAAAUUAAAUGCACUUAUAAGGACAGACAACACCAAAAUUGACAAGGAAUGAAAUAAAAUAAAAUAAAAAUACCGAAAAACCUAAAAAUAAA